GAAGCAGCGGGGUGUUGUCCUCGCGUCCCGGCGUCUCCCCUCCGCUCCUCGCGGGCGCGGCGGAUGGUGGCGCCCGCGGCCCGCAGCUUCCGCCGGCGCUCGAGGCUGGGCUCGUCACUGCCCUUGGUCCAGGGGUCGCGCUGGGCGCCGAGGCCGCAGCUUCCACAAUGAACCUGCUCCAGCUUGUCCGGGACCACUGGGUGCACAUCCUCGUCCCCGCGGGCUUCGUCUUUGGCUGCUAUCUGGACAGAAGGAACGAUGAGAAGCUCACUGCCUUCCGGAACAAGAGCAUGUUGUAUAAGAGGGAGUUGAGACCCAAUGAAGAAUAUACCUGGAAGUAAACGCUGCAGCAGUUACAGUAUGUUCACAUUGUAAACGCCGAGAUAAAUUAAAACACGUCCAUUAUUAAAUUUGAA